CUGAAGUCUUAUUCCCAGCUGCGCAGCAGUCUGCGUGCCUGAGCACAGACACAGACUGAGCAGACUGAGCAGGACACAGAGGGAGAGGCAGCUGAGAGGGGAGGCUUCAGGCGGACUCCGACACCUAGGAGAGGGAGGAAAACUCUCGCACGCGCGCCGCAGCAGGGCAGAGAUUGUGCAGCAGAGAAAUGGGGACCACGAGGGAGCAGGAGCUGUGAUCAGACCCCGCCGUUCUGGGGGAGAAGCCAGCUUACCGAAUAGGGAAAAAUCAAAGGAAAAGGACGUGCUGAAACUUUGCUCUCCUCUCUGCUCCUGUUCGUGGUCUUCCCUUUGUGUUCACCUGUCCCCAAAGAGAGUGUGGAGAAUGCAAUGAGAAAAAGCAAUAAAAUGCCAGCAGGAGCCGGGGAGGACAAGCACAGGUGCAGCGAGAGGGAACAAGGGUGACUGUUGGGUGGAGAAGGAAGAUCUUGUCACCUCCGAACUUGCUACUUCGAGCUGGGACUGCCGCCAGAGCCUCUCGGUCCUUUGCCAUGCAGUUCCUUGCUCCUUGCAUCCACGCACUGGGUGUUCUCCUGCUUCUCCUGCCUCUCUCAGCUUAUGGCCACACAACAGUACGGGCCCAUGCUGAGGAGAGGCUCCUAAAGAAUCUCUUCACUGGCUACAACAAGCUGUCCCGUCCAGUGGCCAAUAUCUCUGAUGUGGUCCUGGUACGGUUCGGCCUGUCCAUUGCCCAGCUCAUAGACGUGGAUGAGAAGAACCAGAUGAUGACUACAAAUGUCUGGGUCAAACAAGAAUGGCAUGACUACAAACUAAGGUGGAACCCUCAAGAUUAUGAGAAUGUCACCUCAAUCCGUAUCCCAUCCGAACUCAUCUGGAGGCCAGACAUCGUCCUCUACAACAAUGCCGAUGGAGACUUUGCUGUCACUCACCUUACUAAAGCGCACCUCUUUCAUGAUGGACAGAUCAAAUGGAUGCCCCCAGCCAUCUACAAGAGCUCCUGCAGCAUCGAUGUCACUUUUUUCCCCUUCGACCAGCAGAACUGCACCAUGAAGUUUGGGUCCUGGACGUACGACAAGGCCAAGAUUGACCUGGUGAGCAUGGCGAACAACGUGGACCAGAUGGACUACUGGGAGAGCGGGGAAUGGGUGAUCGUCGACGCCGUGGGGACGUACAACACCAAGAAAUACGAGUGCUGCACAGAAAUCUACCCCGACAUCACGUUCUACUUCAUCAUCAGGAGGCUGCCACUGUUUUAUACCAUCAAUCUGAUCAUCCCGUGCCUGCUCAUUUCCUGCUUGACCGUCCUGGUGUUUUACCUGCCCUCUGAGUGCGGGGAGAAAAUCACCCUCUGCAUCUCGGUCCUCCUCUCCCUGACCGUCUUCCUCCUCCUGAUCACGGAGAUCAUCCCGUCCACUUCCCUGGUGAUCCCCCUGAUCGGGGAGUACUUGCUCUUCACCAUGAUCUUCGUCACCCUCUCCAUCAUCAUCACCGUCUUCGUGCUGAACGUCCACCACCGCUCUCCCCGGACGCACACCAUGCCCCACUGGGUGCGGAGGGUCUUCCUGGACAUCGUCCCCCGGGUCCUGUUCAUGAAGAGGCCCACGACGGUGAAGGAAAACUGCAAGAAGCUGAUCGAGAUGAUGCACAAGAAGGGGAGCACCCCCACGUUCUGGUCCGAACAGACCUUCGAGGCCGAGCAGACCUUCCCCAGCUCGCCCUUGGACAGUCCUGACAGUCCCCCACCCACCUCCACCCCGCCCUUGUGUCACCCCCUCGAAGAUCCUCCAGCCAAGGUGCAGCUGCUCUGCAAGUCCCCCUCCAGCCAAUACUCCAUCCUCCUGGAGGAAACCAGCCAGCCAGGCUGCUCCUCCCCUCCUGCCUCGCACCUACUGGCCCCAGACAAGCCGUGCUCCUUCCCCAAGACCAGGUCUUUAAGCGUCCAGUACUCCUUUGGUGAAAGGGAGCUCCCCCAGACCACAGCCCGUUGCAGGUCCAGGAGCAUCCAGUACUGCUGCCUGCAUGAGGAGUCGUCCCAGAGCAACGGGCACGCCAGCGGCAAGUGUAGCAGGUCCCCGACGCUCCAGAGCCACCUGCUGGCGGACGAGGGAACUGACAGCGGCCAGGCCCCCUGGAAGUGCACAAAGAUCCCGGAGACGGCCAUGUCUUCCCAGAGGGCAGCGAAACUGUUCAGCGCCAAAGAGCAGCACAUCCUCCUGAUGUCCCCUUCCAUGAAGCUGGCCAUUGAAGGGGUGCAGUACAUCGCGGGUCACCUGAGGGCGGAAGAUGCAGAUUUUUCUGUGAAAGAGGACUGGAAGUACGUUGCGAUGGUGAUAGACAGGAUAUUCCUCUGGAUGUUCAUAAUGGUUUGCAUUCUGGGAACAGUGGGGCUGUUUCUCCCUCCCUGGUUGGCAGGAAUGAUCUAGCAGAGGAGAAAAUGGAUGCUGUCACACCUGGUGGGCAAAAAGAGAAACCAUAAAUAAUUUAGUAUUCCCUCUUUUUUUAAAAAAACACUUUGCUUUUGUUUUUGGUGAGCAUUGGGAGGGAAAGAGGGUGUCAGAAAACUUGUCUUCAACACUGGUGUUACUUUUUAAUCUACUUAUCUGAGGUAUUUUAUUUCCAUUUCUUUCGAGUUAGAAAAAAGCAAGUGUCCUCUGAAAAAUUACAUUUUAACUUUACUGUUAAUCUCUUACUUCACUGAAAUGUGUCAAUUAGUAAUAUAGUUCUCUGAUAAAUAAAUGCAUAGACAACACAUGUAGGGAAAGGGUUUUUAAAAAGUAAUCCAUUACAGUUACAAGUUGCUUGUUCUUGUGAAAAGUAUAAGGAAUUACUUUUUAAAAGGAUCUUACUUUAACAUUGUAUGUAGCCAGAUGACCUGUCACUGUCUGUGCUCCCUUUUAUAAGAAAGGUCCCCACUCAAAACUUGAACAACAGUAAUCCUACAAUUUUCCAGAAUUGCAGUAUUAAAUACUGUAUGCCCUGAAAUAUAAAACAACUGUAAUUGUUUUAUAUUUCAGAUACAUCUCAGAGCAGUCUUGUGUCUCUGACUGGUCUCCAAAUGCAGUGAUUCCCCAGUCCCUAUCACAUUAAAUUGAUUAACUGUAUUUGAAGGACCUGGAGGGGAAUUUAUUACUUAUUUUUAAGGAAUGAUUAAAAGGUUUAAUUAAAUUCAAACUGAACAAGCUUUGUUGAAAUAAUAAAAAGCAGAAUCUGAUACCUUCAGAGAUCUAUCUAAAUGACAAAAAAGACAGCAGAACAGUGUUAGCAAUUCAGAAAAUAAACAGUAAAACAUGAACCUGAUUCCAGAAAAGGGACAACCUGUACAUGAAAAGGAAGUAAAAGCCAAAAACAGGUAGACCUUCUUCACCUAAAGGGUCAUGGCAUUAAGAAGCAAGCUACCCGACCAUGUUGUUAAAGCUGAUAUCCUUGCAUCACUUUUAAACUAACUACCUAACAAGCUAGAUUGGAGAAAAUCUAUCUUUCCUUUUCUUAUGUUCUUAUUUUCUAGGUCUCCUGACAAAAGCAGGAAAGACCUAAAAGCAGAAAACUAAUUUGAAAAACUUGUACCAUUUCUUCUAUUAAAAAAGAUUAUUAAAGACGCAAAUGCCAAAUUUACUGAAGAAAAACAGCAAAACAAAAUAAAUCUCUUAGUGGUUCAAGUGAAUCAGGUGCUAUAAAUUAGAAUAUUGUACUGUUAAUGUCUCAGAAAAAGAUAUUGCUGCUCUGGAAUAGGGCAAAUGUACAGUGGCUAAACAUAUUCCCGUGGUUAAAUAAAUGUGUUUCAGUGGCCCGUUAACAAUAAAAAAACUAUAAUUAAAAUAAAAAACCUAGUCCUGAACUUCUUAGUCCUGACCAAUUCAAGUAUUCAGAACCCUCAAGCAUGUUAACAAAAUCAACUCAAUGGAUUUAAAGAGCAGCAGGGAAACGGAAUCUACAGGACAGAAGCAGAAACAAAAGAGAUUUUUUUUUCGAUCGAGAACAGCAAUUCAAAACAAAAAAGGAGUGUGAAACAAGCUGCCCAGCCAUAUAAUUGAAAUCAAACCCUUCUCUUCUUUUACGAAAUGGCUGGAUGAGAUUUGGAUCACUUAGCUACUAGCAACUAAAUAAAUUCAGCUGAUCAAAGGCCCUUCUCUUGUCUGAAAUCGUUCUCAGGUUCUUAUCUAUCAGCACAGCCUUUCCUGAGACCUCUAGAUCUGCUCAUCAGAACUUCAAGAAAACUCAUUAAACGCUCAUGUCUGAGAACACUUAAAAAUGUGUAGUCCCUGUUUUUUAACCUACUUCAACAAUUUUGAAUUAAUUAAGGCUUGUUCUUUAAAGCUUAAAUAUUUCUUAUCAAUAGAAUUGAAAGGGAGAAUUUUAUCUUAUUUUUAAUUUUACAGUGAAAUAAAAAAUAACAUGAAAAUGUUUUGCUUUUUAGCAUUAAAGAUAUUUAUUUUAAUUUCACGCUACAUUAAGACAUGAAAAAUUAAGUUUGCCUUAAAAUACCUAGGUUUGAUGACAAAGUAGCUGUAUCUGUACACAAAUUAACCACAUGCCUGUGGUUAAUUUGUGUUGAUGAUUUACCUUCUGAAAAAUCUGAUGUCUUGCACCCACAGCAAGGGCAUCUCACACUCCCAGGAGGUGAGUGCACCCCAGAUUAAGAACCACUGCCAUAGGCAGUCAUAGGAUCAACAGGAAAUCCACAGGUUUUUUACCUUCUAGAGCUGAUCACCACUAGAGUUUGGUUUCUAAAGGACAACAAAUACCCUUAUAAAACUAUAAAUGUUUUUUAAACAUUUUGAGAGUAAACAUGAACAUUUUCGUACUGUACAAACGAUCGAACCAUUUGCACAACCAUCUAUUAAACGUGUACUGCAAAAAAAGCUGUGGUAUCCGUGUGUAGUUACUUAUUGUCUUCAGUGGACGGUGGAGAAAUUUCAGAAAGGAGAAUCUUUUGUUUAAAAUUAUAGAGGAAAGAUAUGAGCCUGUAAAAUAAAGGGGAUUGCUUACUGGGAUUGCAAUGUGCCCUCCUCUGUGUGAAAUGUUCAUUCAUGAAUGAAAUCUGUGCCACUUUUGAUAGACCUUGCCUUUUUCUUCUGUAUGCACUAAAAUAGAUGGUAUAUACGGUAGUUUUAAUUGGCUGAAACAUAUAUAGUACAAUAUGAUUUAACGCUCCAAUAAUUACAGCUAAUAAAUACCGCCUUCAUAUACUAAGUCCCUUCAUUUGUAGUGCACUUAAUAGCAUAUAAACACAGCAAAUAUAAUCUAUUGAAAAGUAUAGGUGGGAUUUUAGGAACAGUAAGGAAUAGAUGUCCCAUGUGUUAUCAGCUGAAGUCAGUAAAUGCAUUCAGCCUCUGACCAAUUUCCACUACAGAGGGAAAACUGGAAUGCUGCUUUAAAAAGAAAAAGAGGUUUAACCUUGGUAUUUUAUCUGAACCUCUGCAGCGUAUCUAAAAGCACCAGACCCACUGAGUUCUAAUGGUCCUCAGAGUUAAAAAAACAUUCUUUUAACUACAAAUUUGAUUACAAAUUCUAAUUCACAAGCCCUAGGCUUUAAAACAAGUCUGUGUUAGAUGCUGAAGGGGACACAAAACUCCCGUAUAAGGAUGAAUGAAGAGGGUGAAAAUUUAGAUUACUGGUCACGCAUGCAUUUUGUGCAUUACUUUGUGAAUAUGAAAUAAUGUUACUGUACAUAGGAGGACGUUUACAGAUAUUUUGACAUGAUAGGUAAUAAACUAUGUUUAAAGAACUUCUGAGAGAGCAUGUCUGAGAGAGCAUGCUUUUAGAAGGCUACUGAAAUCUCUGCUGUCUGACUUCCAAUAAAUAUUCAUUAUACGUACGUUCCAUACUCCUGAUCCUUCUUCACAUUCAGUUCACCUCUCCUACACUGUAGGAUUAGUAUCAAGUUCAAGUUUAUUUGUCAAUCCAGCCAUAUAAAAGUACUGUAUACAGAGGAGCUAGAUAUCGUUCCUCAGGUCUACAGAGAAGACACUGACAAGGCAAUGCUAUAAACAAUGUAGACAUAGACAGCAGACAGGAUCCCUGACAUUAGGCAAAAAAGAACUAGGUUUUCAGAUUUGGAGUAGGUGCAGUAGGUACCAGGGUGCUGAGGAGCCUGACAGCCUGUGGAAAAACGUUGUUACGGAGUGUGGUGGAGCUAGCCUGUAUACUGCGAUACCUUGUACCAGAUGGUAGAAGGGCAAAGAGGUUGCAGGAGGGCUGGGAGGGAAUGUCCACAAUACUGGAUGCCUGGUGUGUGCAGCGUUUGUGGUACUAUAGAUGUCCUGAGUGGGUGGAAGGGAGGCUCCAAUGAGGUUUCCUGCUGUAUUGACAAUUCGUUGCAGGAACUUGUGGUCUGAGACCUUACAAUUCCCAAACCAAACAAUGAUACAGUUUGUCAAGAUGCUCUUGAUGGUACCUGUAUAGAAUGUGGAUAGUAUGGGAGGAAGGUUUGACCUUCUCAGUCGCCGCAGGAAGUGGAGACGUUGUUGUGCUUUUUUUAGCUAGUGAGGUGGUGUUGAUGGUCCAAGUGAGGUCAUCUGUGAUAUGCACAACAAAUAUGCACAUUUGCUUUCAGUUAAAACGUUUCACCUCUAUGCAGAGGAUGCUUAAAUACAGAGCAAGUGACAAAGAUUAAAACCAAGCCUGAUGUACCUAAUAGGGUCUUAUUUCAACACUCAUAUAGUCCCAACAGACAAACCUAUGAAAAAAGUAAGAUAUGACAAGAACUCACAGAGAAAGAGAUUAAAUAUACUGGAUGGGAUAAAAAAAUGACAAAAAGGUCAUUCAAUAUUUUUUCAAGGUUUUAACUCAUGCAAGGUCUUUAAACCAUGAAGCUAUGGAUAUCAAGAACCCCAGCAGCAAAGAAACACUAUAAGUCUAAAACAUUAAAUGGACCUGCUGUU